AUGACUUCCACUGGCUACAAUGAAUUUGUUCUUACACACGUCUUCAAAAACGUUUCGAAUUUCAAAGAAGGUGAAAAUGAUUUCAGUGAUGUAGAAGAACAUUUCGAUGUUCCCUGGAAGUUGUAUGCUUCUCGAAGAGGUUCAUGUCUUGGUCUCUUUCUGCAUUGCGAUAAAUUGUGUAAGGAUGGAGACUGGUCAAUCGAUAUAGAUUUAGACAUUAAAUUGAUGUCAGUGAAGGGAAAAAUUAUAUCAAGAAGCUCAUCUCAUUGCUUCCCUGGCCCUGAUGGCGGAAUACAGCCUAAGGGCUUCGGAUGGCCCAAUUUCAUCGAAUGGGAUCAAAUGGAAAAAGAUCACAAAGUUGAUGAUGAUAUAUUUGUGAUGGCUCACGUAAAAAUAAAGAAAAUCACAGGAAUCAAUAAUAGAAAACGUCAAUUUUUUGAUGAGACAACGUCGGAUUUCUCGGAUGUAGUUCUAAUCGUGGAAGAUGAAAAGUUCCACGUUUCUAAACUAUUCCUCGCUCGCCAGUCUUCUUAUUUCACAUCAUUGUUCCUUGGAGAUUUUGAAGAAGCGAAAAAGUCAGAAAUCUCGCUCACUGGAGUCGAAUCUGAGAAAUUUCAAAAUUUCCUAGAAGUUCUUCAUGGAGAAGAUGCUAUCAAUGAUGCAACUGUCGACGGAAUUCUUAGCCUUGCCGAUAUGUAUGAUGCUCCUACCGCGAUUAGACGAUGCGAACAGUUUAUGAUAGAAAAAUCCGAGAAAUCAUUGAAGACCAAAUUGCAAAUGUCGACUCGUUAUAAGAUGAAGAAGUUGCAGAAUUUCUGUCUCGUAAAAAUUAAAACAAAAGAGGAUAUUCGAUCAGUGUUGCCAGGAGAUCUCAGCGAACUGGAUCCAUCCGUCUCGUCGCAUCUCAUGCACUUGCUCGCUUCAAUCGAUUAA